CCAGGAAGGGGGUUUUCAGACGGAAGUAGUGUGUGGAGUGUGAGAGUCAGCUGUAACUCCAGCAGCAGCCUCGGGUUCCUGUGUUACACACACACACACACACACACACACGUCCUCCUCUCAGCAGGAAUGUCUCUGAUCCUCUCUCUGAUCCUCACAGGCACAGUCGCUGCCUCUCUGCCAGGCCCACAGCAUGCAAAAAUGAUUGCAGUGGACAUGAACCACACACUGUAUUGGGACUGCAAUUACACACAACUGCACAGCCCAGUAAACUUCACAGUGGAUUACACCUUCUCUCAUGAAGUCUCAUAUAAACCGGCGUGUGCUGGGUCAAGUGAGUGUCGCUGUGAUCUAUCUCGCUUUAAUCUGAGUUUUGGAGGAGAGUAUAAGGUUCGAGUCAGAGCCGAGGCUGGGAACCAGUACUCCAACUGGACGCUGAUAAAUUUCACUCCUGAAAAUGAGGUUCAGCUAUCGUCACCACGAGUCAACAUGAAGGCAGACAGAGAUAUGAUCAUUCUCACGAUAUCCGAGUCAGUGAUGAGCGCCGACCUGACUAAGCUGUCCAACAGUGUACAAUACUGGGAGAAGCUUAAACCUCAACAGAAACACACACACGUUGAUGAAAGUCCACAUGUUCUACUAAGCUCCCUGAAGUCCCAGACCGAAUACUGUGUGCAAGUUAAAAUCUUCGAUGGUAUAUAUGGCAGGACCAGCAAUUACUCCUCACCGCAGUGUGUGUACACGACUGGAGAAGGUCGGAUAUGGGUGUGGCUGACACCUCUCAUUCUGCUGUUCGGAAGUGCUGUCGUAGGAGCUUUUAUAUACGUCUAUUACAAAUGCAAGAGAAACCGCUCAGUAUUUACAGCACCCGAGAGCAUCCUGGUUGUCUCGUCUGUUCCGUUGCUCAAAGAAGUACAGGAAGAGUGUUGUACCAUAGCCCAUGUGAUCCCAGCUGCCAUCCCACUGACACGCAGAGUGAACGAAGAGCAGGAACAGGAAGAGGACGACGUACCCGAACUUCAGGCUCCUGAGUCCUUAUGCCACUGGAGCGAUGGAACUGUUCACGACUCGGGCUUCAGCUCAGGAAAAGAGAGCUGAUCGGUUAUAAGGAGCUCUAGUUUGAAAAUCUGCAGAAAUGUGAACACUGACAGGUUAAUGUCAUGUCCUGGGCGGUUCUUACUUUGUCUGCUCAUCACAUUUGGCUUCCCAGGCCUUAAAAGCUACACUAAUUUUGCUCAGUACCUCCUAUCACCAGCGUCAUUAGCGAUCUGUUCAUGGACAGCUGUAAGGGCUCAGACGUGCUAACAUGCUACAGGGCAGGUACACACAUUUGAAGCAAAUUUUCGGGGGUCGUCCAGUGUUGCUGUGACUGAGUCACACCAUUCUUAUCGCGCAGACAGCUCGGCUAGCUCUACGUACUGUCAUGGAUUCCUGAUUACGGACAUCUGUGGCAUGCUCAGGGUUCAAAGAAUAUGACCAUAACCAUGCCAUGACCAAAUCGACUCAGAUGACAUGUUUUCCACAUUCUAUGAUUUUAUUUCUUGCGCUGCUGCUAUUUCAUUGGCUGAUUAGAUUAGAUUAUAGAUGUGGUGCUGUAGAGAUGUUCCCAAAGAAGUCUGUGUCUUUGUGUGCACAUACCUGUCCGUUUAAUGCUACAGGUGAUGUACUGUAAGUCGGCCCAGAUAGUUCACAGACUUGUACAUAUACACCGUAGUGAAGCUGUACAUACAGGUCUGGAGGGGUCAGAGCUGCCCCGGUGGCACGAGGGGAACCUACACAAUACUGAACAUGAUGUUUUGAGUUGCAAUGUUAUGUAAUUUUACUUUGUAUGCGUUUAUUGCACUAUGACUCACUUUUUACCAAUUUGCAAUCAUUAAUAAAUAUAAAAAAGAUUAAUAUAUAAAUUGAACAGCAAAUUACUGAAGUUAAUGUUUCCUCCUGACCAGGUUGUAUUGUUCUUGAACCAGUACAUCACAAUAUGACCUGCUUAUUGCAGAAUCAGUCUCGUGUUUGCUCAGAGUCUUACACACAUUCAACUCCACAGGCUCUUAAAAAUAAUUUGGAUGUCACCCUGCGUUAACUCUUAACCAUCUUACGUAGCCAGGUGUUUGUUUAUUCAAAAGCGGUUCUUAUUGAUUUCCAUAUCCUAUCAUGAGAGCCAGUUUCAUCAAGGUGCUUGA